CAAACUCAGAAAACAACUUGUGCCGUAAACCGACUGUCGUACUUGUCGAGUCGCAGCUCCGUCGCAUCGUUUGAGCGUUAAUUUCAAAUUUGAAAACAUUGCAGCAGAUAACAUGGCAGACGAGGAGAAUUUACCGUCGGGAUGGGAAAAAAGAAUGAGCCGUAGUUCAGGCAAGGUGUACUAUUUUAACCACAUCACUAAUGCCAGCCAGUGGGAACGUCCUGUGGGAGAUGGCCGCGGAGAGCCAGAUAAGGUGCGGUGCUCCCACCUCCUAGUAAAACACAAUCAGUCCCGACGUCCAUCUUCUUGGAGGGAACAAAAUAUAACAAGAACUAAAGACGAGGCUGUAGAGCUUAUUCAGAAGUACAUAGAAGAAAUCAAAUCUGGACAUGAGAGUUUUGAGUCUCUAGCCUCUCAGUUUAGCGACUGCAGCUCAGCUAAGAAUGGUGGAGAUCUGGGACUGUUUGGCAGAGGUCAGAUGCAGAAGCCUUUUGAAGAUGCGUCCUUCAAUCUGAAAGUGGGAGACAUGAGCGGUCCCGUCUUCACCGAUUCUGGCGUCCACAUCAUCCUACGCACCGGCUGAAAGGGCUCACACUUCCUGUCUCCAUCUUUACGUGUUUGCAUCCAGACCAGCCUCACCUGUAGUUUCUUUCUAUGUCACGACCACUCAGUGAAUACAGCUUACAGCCUGAUAUCAUUGUUUUAGGAUGCAUCCAGACAUGGUUCAUUUCCUUACCCAGAGAACUGAAGGAUUCUUCACGAUCUCAGCUUUUUAUUAGCCAUGGCCGAUAUAAAAAUGCGUGAUAUACAAAUAUUAUUAGUGCCUGUUGAAGUGACUGUUCUCUGGAAGUACAUGGGGAGAGUUGAGCAGUAAGUGUGGAAAAGCAUGUCAUUUGAAUGCUUUAAAAGGACCAUUUGCUGUUUGUUUGACUGUAACCUUUUCCAUUAUUACUGUACGCGUGCCAAAGCAGUUCCUUUACCUGUUUUGAUUUGGAUUCGGAUGGUUUAAAUGUCUUUACAACAUGAGUUCUCUAGAGUUUUACCUAGUUAACUCUCUAACUCUGGUCUAAUAUUGCUUCCAUGAACUCAAAAUGUUUCUUUACUAAGCUGACUGCAUGAUCAGUGCUCUGAAAACCCUGAAUGAUGAGCCCGCAGGUUUCAACUAUUGGCUAAAAAGCUUUUAAAAGCUAUAAUGUUCAGAUGAACUGUUAACACUGUUUUUGUUUGAGAAUAAAUGAUUGAAAACCCUU